AUUUUAUAGAGUUUCCAUUGAAAGAAGGUGGAGCCCGACCUUCGUUCCGGUUCCAUACUUUCAUCAAGGCUACUUAGUGACUGUAGAAAGUGAGCCAAAUUUGGAAAAUGAUCCCCAGGAUCCUCUUCAUACAGAUGGGAGGGACGAUCGAUAAGACGUACCCGCGGACCCGAUGCGGUUAUUCCUUCGAGAUCGGCACGGAGCCGGCUGCAAAAAGGAUCCUGGAUCGGAUCCGACCGGGACUUUCGGUGGAGACCCACAUCGAGUCCGUCUCCCGCAAGGAUUCUCUCGACAUCACCGACCGGGACCGGUUCCCACAGUCGUCUAACGAAGGAGAGCGAUGA